UACUUUAUAUUGAUUUCUUCAAUGUAACAGAAUCAGAGAUUCGGGAUAUUCUGAAGUCUAGUAGUGUAACGAUAGGCUAGUCCGCGGACGGCCAACUGGGAUUUGGGUGGAAACUACAAUCGCUGAUCUGUGUAGGAGGAGCUAGGCUCGGAUGUGAUAACAUGCUUAUUUUUCCAUCAUCACUUCAUGGUUAUCGAAUUUAUUGCCCGUCAUUGGCUCAAUAAGUGUUUCGGGUCUCCGAAUUUAUUUUUUUAAAAUGAGAAAUUACUGAAGAACACAAUUUCCAAUGUUGGAAGUGGGCGACUCGCCGCUUCUUAUUUGGAAUAUACUCCUGCCUUCCGAUUUCGUGUCGUUUUGAUUAUGGAAACGUGUUCUUUGAGUCACGUAGUCCUAGUCCGUCUUUUUCUCGUUUUUCUCUUGAUCGUUCUGAGGCCCAUCAAUGCGUGGACGUACACCUCCAGCAGCAACGAUAUGGAUCGGACACUGGUAACGAGGGGAUACUUUUCUCCCAACGUUACGAACUCUGAAGAAAUAACUGCCUUACCAAAAUACUUGUUUACUACGGGAACUUCUAAAGACUUUAGGGAGGUAUCGUCGCCAUCAACUGGAACAGAACAAUACCACCGAGUCCGGCAUUCUGAUGACAGUGAGACCCGGACAUUGAGUGAAGACAAAUUAGCCACUGAACAAAACACGCAUCUCUCCACGGUCUCAACCCGCGGGGCAUCAGAAGGAACCCUUAGUUUGUCGAAAGAGCAGAUGAGCUCUACCAUUGUAGUGUCCACAGAGGAUACCACACAUUGGGAAGACCAGACCAGACUAGCACCAGACCACCUACUAGAGACCUACCCUGGGCUUCGAGUGGACCUCAGGUCUGUGACACAAGCAAGACUCCCUCAGGACAGCCCUGAUGCUGACAGCAGUCUCAGGCAGGACCAGUCGACGAACCGAGGCACCGUGGGUCUCAGGCAGGACCAGUCGGAGAACCGAGGCACCGCGGGUCUCGGGGAGGACCAGUCGACGAACCGAGGCACCGCGGGUCUCGGGGAGGACCAGUCGACGAACCGAGGCACCGCGGGUCUCCGAGAGGACCAGUUGACAAACCAAGGCACCGUGGGUCUCGGGCAUGGGCAGUCAACAACCACUCUCAGACAGGACCAGUUGACAGACCUAGGAACCGUGGCUCUCCCCAUCCCCAUCCAAACUGACAGCACCUACAUCUCCUCCACUGUGAGUAGAGCGGGAGAGAGGACUUUACUGUCUGUGAUAUCCAACAACACUUCCAUGUACUCUGAGGACUCCAACUCCACUUCCCAGUCCCGGGCCUCCACCUGGGACCUCCCGACUGGCCGCACUGGAGCCGGGGCUGGGGCCGUCACCAUCAGGAUACCCUUCACAGGACCUGAGCAUGGGCAUGAUGCUACAUCUGGGUCUGACUCUUACCACCACACCGACUCCUCACAGGAGUGGUCUGGUGGUUUCACCUCCAGAGGGACCAACCCACUGACUGGACCUCUCAAUGUGACCCAACAGCAGGACCUCACCUCUCUGGUUUCAGAGGGAACCCCCAACUCCACCCCUCCGCUCAGGGUGGUUGAUAACCACAGCAGAUGGGACACAGACACAACAGACUCUAGUCAGCCCUCCAGAGGCAGGACAUCCCAGACAGAAGAGGGGGUCUCUGCUUCAUCACAGCCCCCUGUGCUGUCGUCAGAAGAAGGCCCCAGCCACCCCAACACCUCUCAGGGAGGAGAAACAGAUAGAGAUUCUCCCUCCAUCCUUGUCACUGGGUCUGAGACCUCCACCAAGUCCUCCACAGGUCCCCCUAGCACCCUGGGGGAGCAGGGUGAGACAGAGGGGGUCCCUUUGCUCCACACAGAGGACAAUACUAUCCUAGGCCUGGGUCUUACUACUGCUCCCCCAACACUACGAGAUAGUGUCACUGCCCUGGAUGACUCCCUGUCUCGGUUCCUCGCCACCCAGCCUCCCUUCAUCCCCAAGAUACAGCGGACGCCGGUGGCCACAGAGGUCCUGGUGCCCACCACACCUGUUACCAUGACAAUAAAGUCACAGGUCACCGAGAAGGAGCCCUACAUUGUUACCAUGGCAACCAGCACCACACUGACCCCGCCUCUUACUACGACGAGGAUGGUUCAGCCCAGUACCACCACUUCCAUUGAGGCCCAGACUCAGCCCACCAUCAUCCCUACCACCACUACCACAGAGACUACCUUGGGUCUCCAGAGCUCUGCUUCCACCCCGCAGCCCCCGGGCACCACUCAGACCCAGACCCAAGGGCCCUCAACGGGGGUGAGCUCCACCGACGUCACCACCUUGCACCUGGAGACCAGCACGGCCACACAGGGGGACACCACGGCCCACAGCAUCACCACCACUGCAGCCUCCUCCUCCUACAGUUACAGCGUCCCCACCAGAAACACAGUGGAACUACACACAACAGGGAAACACACUGACAGGGGGACCACUGAGAUAGAAGUGACCACCGCUCCAAUGGACAUCAGAUCUACACCGCAGACACCAGGUAGUGCCUGUGAGCCCGGCCCCUGUCUGAAUGGAGGUGAGUGUCUACCCUAUGGAGUGACUGGGUUCACCUGUGACUGUCUGUCAUCAUGGACAGGACCUACCUGCAAUGAGGAUGUGGAUGAGUGUGAGAGUGGCCCCUUGGGCCCCUGUCCCAGUGACUCUACUUGUGUUAAUACCAGGGGCUCCUUCAGCUGUGAGUGUCCCCUGGGUCUGGACAUGGAGCACGGAAGAGACUGCACGCGAGCAAAAACUUUCCUGGGCACGUUCAGUUUCAACGUCCCCCUGCUCUCCAGGAGCACCACACUGCAUGAGAUCCAGAGAGAGAUCAACCAGCUGCUGAAUGCCUCACUAUCAAUUCUGCGUGGUUACCGGCGCUCUUCUUUGAGUAAAAAAGGGGAGGACGGAGUUCGUAUCUCUGCUGUCAACAUGUUCUCCAUCUCUACUGAUGUGACCAGCUCUGAGGUCUACCACAUCAUACAGAUGUCUCUGAACAACUGUAACAGCCCCGCUGGACACUGCCGAGUGGUGGUCACUCACCAACUUUCCUAUCAUGUUGAGAGUCUGUGUCUGGCCCAGAAUAUCCAGUGUCACCCUGAGCAUUCUUUUUGUACCGACUCCAAUGGGACAGCCUACUGCCAGUGUCAACCAGGGUACUUCAAACUCAAUCCUGAGGAUCAGUCCUGCAUAGAAUGUGGUGAUGGUCUGAAACGGGUCAAUGGAACCUGUGUCAGGUGCACAUUUGGAUUUGGAGGAUUCAACUGUGGAAAUUUCUACAAGCUGAUAGCUGUGGUGGUAUCGCCAGCAGGGGGUGGUCUACUCCUUAUUCUCAUCAUCGCUCUCAUUGUCACCUGGUGCAAGAAAGACAAGAAUGACAUCAAUAAGAUUAUUUUCAAAAGCGGAGAUUUUCAGAUGUCGCCGUACCCAGAGUUCCCGAAGAUGAACCGUGUUUCUAUGGAGUGGGGGAGGGAAACCAUUGAGUUGCAGCAGAACGGUAGCACCAAGAACCUGCUACAGAUGACCGACAUCUACUACUCUCCUGCUUUGCGUAACUCUGACCUGGAGCAUAAUGGCCUCUACCCGUUCUCCGGCCUGCCGGGCUCCCGUCACUCCUGCAUCUACCCCGCUCAGUGGAACCCUUCCUUCAUCAGCGAUGACUCACGACGCCGGGACUACUUCUGACGCCCAGCUACUGAAGAUCGACUGCAACAAAAACACUUCACACUGAUUUUGGAUCAUACGAUUUGAUCAUAUGAGUUGAUUAUAUGUCACAAGCAAUAAUCCAUAAAUUAUAAAAGUUCGCAUGAAUUCAUAAUGUGUGGGAAAAUGUCUGUUCCGCAAAGUGAGUGUGUUUUUGUGUGUGCACGCGUAGACACCCAUUUGCCAACUGCUGUGAAUUGUAGAUUAACAUUAUUUUAUUUCACUGAAAAUACAGGUUGAAAAGACAAGCUGCCGAACUUGUUUUGUGUGUGUGAAGUAUUGUUACAUUGUGAAGAUAUUUAACUACAUAUGAGAUGGAAAAACAUGUAUGUCAAAAAUGCUAUGUAUUUGUCAGAUGAGGAAUAGAUGCAGCAAAGUGGUUUCAUAUGACAGAUUGAAUGAUGGUCAAGGUCUGCUGCAGUCUGUUGGUCUGAACAGUAGAACAGUUGUUAUUUAUUGAAUAUUUCAACUGUUAGAAAUGUAUGAAGACAUUUUCAACAUCUUGCAUUGUAAGAGGGACUCAUACCCUACCCUAUUCUAUAAGGAGUAACAUCUGAAGUUUGGACCAUAAAGAGUGUGUGUAUAUGUGUGUGUGAGAAUCUUGGAUGAAUUCAGAUCGUUGAUUGUUUCCAUAAAUAUGUACUUUAAAAACAGCAGGCUUAAUGACAAAUAGAUGGAGUUUCCUUGUAUGUAUUUGUUGUCUUCCUUCCAAUAUGAAUGAUCUCUUACCUCUGGCGUUUUAGUCAGACAUGUAUUUAAUAAUAAAUAAGAUAAAGUUCUGUAAAA